CAUUGUCGCUUGUGUUUUUUAUGAAUGAAAGAAUCCAACCUCAGAGAGCGGCGGAGUAAUUCCGGGAAAAGGCGGACUGACAUUUUGUCGCCCGACUCGCGUCGACCCAGCAGAGUGUCCGUAUCUGUUUUGACUGGGUGAGGAAAAACCAGGACAAUUGGACCAUGACGACAGAAAGAAACAGCAAAGCCCUGAAGGUGAAGCAGGAAUGUGGCGAGAACGUGCCCUUCCUGUCGGACAGCGAGCUCAUGUCCCUGUCGGUGCGGGAGCUGAACCUCCACCUGCGCGGCCUCUCCCGGGACGAGAUCCAGAAGCUGAAGCAGCGCCGGCGCACCUUGAAGAACCGGGGCUACGCCGCCAGCUGCCGGGUGAAGCGCGUCUCCCAGCGGGAGGCGCUGGAGCAGCAGAAGAUGGAGCUCCAGAGGGAGGUGGAGCGGCUCGGCGCCGAGAACGCCGGCAUGAGGAAGGAGCUGGAGGGCCUGGGGGCGCGCCUGGCCGCCCUGCAGAGGUUCGCGCGGGGCCUGGAGGCCGGAGGGGGCAGCCUGCUGGCCACCGCCCCCCGCCUCAACACCGCCUCGGUCAUCACCAUCGUCAAGAGUCCGCCACAGCCCAAGCCACAGAGGGACCAGGAGCCGUCCUAGGAGGCGCUGCUGGCACCGGACUGGGGCGGGGGGGGAACAACCUGCAAUGCAAACACACACACGCAUACACACACGCACACACCUGCAGGUUUGCAUUGACUACAAACACACACAAACAGCAGGACAGAAAAAUACUAAGCGCCUGGUUCACAUUAUGACGCAGCGGUGUGUAACCCGACCCCGGCGGGCGGCGGCCGGUGAUCGGCUCUACAGCGCCAGGGCCGCCGGCGCUCCGGCAGUCACGGGCUGGCAUCGCCGUGCGGGCCUAAUGUGAACUCGGCGCUCAGCACUGACACACUCGGUGUUCUCGCACAUGCACAAAACCCGGAGCUCAGCUCGCGCUCCUGCCCCCCUUCCCAUCGGCAACGGGGCGUUCAGACACCGGAGUGAAGCCAGACCGGCCCAGAUAGAGUUACUGUACAUCAUUUACUGUUCAACAGGCUCAGCUGCAUCACGAUACCCCCCCAAAAAAAUGUCUUUUUUUUCUUUUUUUGUUUGCUGUUUUUCUCCACGUGACCAGCAGGAACUAGUCGGAGGUGACAUGAGGCGUUUCAGAGUUUCCCUCCCUUCGACGUCGCUUCAAAGGUUGAGAAACCCUGAACCAACACACCAUGACGUCCUUCCACUUGUCAAGUCUUUUUCUUCCCCCUUCUUUCUAACUGUUCUCCAUCUACAUGUGAGGAGGGGAGUCAUCCUGGGUGGCUCGUGCACACAUUUCUCACAUUAACGCAGUGCCUUCAGGAGCUGUGAGAAUCCAAACCUCAGAGAGAAACACAGUUAGACUGGAAUCACUUUUUUUUUCUUCUUCUUCUUCUUCUUCUUCUCCUCCUUCCCCACCUCACCUUCUGAUUUCUGAGCCGUCAGUCUGUUCGACUCUCCGGCUGCACAUGGUGGUCAUUUGAGGGGAAAAAAAGACAAAAAAAAAAAAAAAAAAAGACAUGUCAAAGCGGCAUCUGGUAGGAAUUAUUUGGGCUCAAGUCGCUGCAAAACCCUCUGCAUACAUUCCCAUUUCCUUUUUUGUUUUUUUUUUUCUUUUUGUGUUAUUGUUUGUUUGUGCCGAUAAGAGACGAAAAUGUUGAGUGACAUUUAUCAGAGAUAUAUUCUAUAUUUUAUUUGUAUUUAAAAAGUAGAUAUUAUGAGAAGACAAGCUAACGAGUGCUGUGAUGUUCUAUGUUUCCAGAAGUACUUAUGACUUAGUCCAAGGAUGCUCUCACGUCUAAUUAUUGUGUUUGUGUGGCUACGACGACGACGACGACGAUUACUUUUACAAAAAUGUUAAUUAUUAGCUGUGUAGAAAUACGCUCAACGCCAAUGGCCAUAUUGCUGUAUGAUGAUUUUUUUCUUUUCUGUGUGCGAGAGGAGUUUUGUUCGUUUGAUUUGUUGUUGGGUUUUUUUUUUGUUUGUUUGUUUUUUUGCCACGUUUGUACCUGCUUGUUGUAGUGGAUUUGUGGAUUGGGAUGUGAUUUUCAUAUGAUGACUUGUAUGUUGUUUUCGAGCGGAAACAAAUUUGUGAAAAGAGUGCUGCAGGGAUGACGGAAGUCAGAAUUAAUCUGGGGAUUUUUUUUUUUUUUUUUUCUGUGGAUCAUUGCAACAUAAAUUGGAAUUGAGGAUGUGACUGUCAUCCUCCGCUGGAUGUUAAUUUUAGAAACAUCUUAUUAUUGGGAAAGUCCCUAUUGCCAACUUGUGAUUUUGCUGAGCAGAGUCGCUUCUUCACAUGUCAGGCAUUUGGGUGUGCCCUUGAAAAACAAUACACAACAAUCGCGUGAAGACAGAUUGUGUAAUUUAGGAUUUGUGUUAACAGAACUUCCCUGAAAGUCUGAAUUGAGCAUAUAACUGCUGGAAAAGUAAAAAUUGAUCUUUGCAGUUUCCACUAAGGCAACAUGAUUUCCUGUCCAAUUUUCUGCUUCUGAUUGGUUUGAUUUUGCAACAACUUUGAAGCUUUUAGUCCGGUGAUUUAUCCAAUUUCUUAUAAGACAUACCAAAACAGUCCGAAGGCACAAAAAAAACAAAAACUGGCAGCUACCGAUCAGCGUUCAAGGAUCCGUGUCCUCUGUUGUGUUAUCGAAUAAGUGACGAUGCAGCGAUAAAACAACAGACGCGCAACUGUGAAAAUUUCAUUUCCAGACAUUUUUUUUUUUUACUGUGACUCAAUGAGAUUACGAGUCAAAUGGCUAAUUGAGUAAUAGAAAGUUGGCAUGUCAUCUAACCUUUGGUAACGUCUGUGUUUAUUUCCUGGAGCUACAAUAAGUAAUACAGUGACUCAUUGUGAUGUUAAGUGGAUCAGAGAGCAGAGCAGGGCAGGAGGUGGUGUUGCCAUAGUAGGAAAUAAAAACCAGUUCCUUUAAAGUUAAGUAGGAAAAAAAAAACAACACAUUUUUGUUUUUUGAACAAAUCACCAGAUUUCAACCAAACCUUUACGAAUCAUUCCUGCAGCACUCUUUAAGAUGAUGGGGUGGAGGAAAAGAAGGAGAAGAGGGUCCGGGCGAAGGUCGGAUGAUGGAGAAAGAAAGUAGGGAGCAGGGAAAGAAGGUGCAGAGGUGGAACUUUACUCACUUGAAAAGCUCCCAUCAGACAUUGGCCUGCUCUAGAUGUGUCCACCAGGCUUACUGUUUAUGGAGUUUAGGCCACUGAAUAGUGCUAGCAAUAUCAUAUAUAUGAAUAUAAGUAGGCAUUGUAACACAAACUGUGUUGACAAAUAACUCCUAAAGAUAUGAGGCAUAUAUUUAGCUAUAUAUGAAUAUCUGUGUGGCAAAAAAAAUGCAUUUAUUCUCAAUAUUUUAACGUCUCACAUCUUGUCAA